CGCCCUGCCCCUCGGUGGGCGGGGAAUUCGAAAGCGGGAGCGAGUGUCUGAGGGCGCGGACCGGCCGCUCUGCAGGAUGACCCAGUCGGUGGUCGUUCAGGUGGGCCAGUGCGGAAACCAGAUCGGCUGCUGCUUUUGGGACCUGGCGCUGAGGGAGCACGCCUCGAUCAACCAGAAAGGAAUUUAUGAUGAGGCAAUAAGCAGCUUCUUUAGAAACGUGGAUACCAGAGUGGUUGGUGAUGGUGGCAGCAUUUCCAAGGGGAAAAUUUGUUCUUUAAAAGCACGGGCUGUCUUAAUUGAUAUGGAGGAAGGGGUCGUCAAUGAAAUUCUGCAGGGACCUUUGAGAGAUGUAUUUGAUAGCAAGCAGCUCAUCACUGAUAUUUCUGGCUCAGGGAAUAAUUGGGCUGUGGGGCACAAAGUUUUUGGCAGUCUUUAUCAAGAACAGAUUUUAGAGAAACUCAGAAAGUCAGCAGAGCACUGUGAUUGUUUGCAGAGUUUUUUUAUAAUACAUUCCAUGGGAGGAGGCACAGGAUCUGGACUUGGCACAUUUCUUUUAAAGGUACUUGAAGAUGAAUUCCCAGAAGUAUACAGAUUUGUGACUUCAAUUUAUCCUUCUGGUGAGGAUGAUGUCAUAACUUCACCUUACAAUAGCAUCUUGGCAAUGAAGGAACUUAAUGAGCAUGCAGACUGUGUGUUGCCCAUUGACAACCAAUCCUUAUUUGACAUCAUUAGCAAAAUUGACCUUGUGGUGAAUUCUGGAAAGCUGGGUAUAGCUGUAAAGCCAAAGAGUCUGGUUACUUCAAGUGCUGGGGCUUUUAAAAAGCAGCAGGAAAAGCCCUUUGAUGCGAUGAACAACAUUGUGGCAAAUUUGCUGCUCAACCUAACAAGCUCUGCGAGGUUUGAAGGAUCCCUUAAUAUGGACCUUAAUGAAAUCAGCAUGAAUUUAGUUCCUUUUCCUCAACUGCAUUAUCUUGUGUCAAGCCUAACACCUCUGUAUACACUGGCAGAUGUUAACAUUCCGCCUCGAAGGUUGGAUCAGAUGUUUUCAGAUGCCUUUAGUAAAGAUCACCAGCUAAUUCAGGCCGACCCCAAACACAGUCUCUACCUCGCCUGUGCCCUCAUGGUUAGAGGAAAUGUCCAGAUUUCAGAUCUUCGCAGAAAUAUUGAAAGAUUGAAACCUUCUCUGCAGUUUGUCUCCUGGAAUCAAGAAGGCUGGAAGACCAGCCUGUGUUCAGUACCUCCUGUGGGCCAUUCCCAUUCAUUAUUAGCUUUAGCAAAUAACACAUGUGUAAAGCCUACCUUCCUGGAACUGAGAGAGAGAUUCAUGAGGCUCUACAAGAAAAAGGCUCAUCUUCAUCACUACCUGCAAAUUGAAGGGAUGGAGGAAAGCUGUUUUACAGAAGCAGUGUCGUCUUUAUCAGCUCUCAUCCAGGAGUACAGCCAACUGGAUGCCACGAAAAGCAUGCCCAUGGAAGACUUACCCAGACUGAGCGUCGCUGUGUAAAACAACCCAAAAAUGCUUUUCCUUUUCCUGUAAUCUUACCUUGCUUUUUCAGAACUUUUGUGAUUCAAAGAGCCCAGUUUGUGUUUUUCCUAUUAGGGAGUAUUUUGUCUGCAAAAGUAGUUCUGUUUAAUCACCGUUGAUAAUACCAGUGUGUGAAAUUAGUAAGUCCUAGUACCUUAACUUCAAACAUUGUCUUCAGAAAAUUCCCUUUUUCUAAAAUUGAGAGAAUGCAGUUCUUUAGUAUUUUACUUUAUUUAUAUUCAUAGUUAGGUAUUUAUAAAAUAAGAAUCAUGUCUUAGUUACAAAUCUUGUACAGAUAUAUUUUUAUAUUUAUUUAUAAUUUAUGUAUUCACAUUCUGUUUAAAUUCUUCUGAUUUUUAAAAAAUAAGUACAGGGAGUUGAAGCCACAAUAUAAAUAUUUCUGUGUAACAGCCACUAACCUCAGGGAAAGAUUUUAUGACAACUAUUGAGUUUUGGUUUCUUCUUUGGGUUACCUUGUUUUCACUCAAAAGAGUCACAAUUUACAUUUAUUUUAACAUGUAUUUGUAUUAAAUUCUUUUUAAAUAUAAUGCUUUUUUAUCAAACUAGAUGAUUUUGAAAUAAUAAAUGUCCAUAUUUUUUAACAGUGCCACUUGUUAUCAUUGUUUUGCUUGUUACUAUACAAACAUUACAAAACUUGUCUUCUUUCAAACUUUAUAGUAAAUGGCUAUCAUAGCCUAGAGAAAGUGUUCCAGUUACUAUCAUUUCCAGUUGUAAUCUUUAAAAUUUAUUUAUCUUUAAUUACAAUUUAUAUUUCAAAG